GGGCGCCCCCCGCCGCCCGCCCGCCAUGGGCUCCCGGCGGCUGCUGCUGUCGCGGCUCUUCCAGCCCCGCAACCUGCAGGCGGGCGGCGGGGCCCUGGCGGACGGGGAGCCCUCCUGCCGCAGCCUGCGGCUGAUGCUGCAGGCGGGGCUCAUCCACCCGGCCGGCCCCGGCUGCUUCCAUUACCUGCCGGCCGCCGUGCGCGCACUGGAGAAGCUGGUGAAGGCGGUGGACGAGGAGAUGCGGGAGGUGGCGGGGCAGAAGCUGAGCAUGCCCAGCCUGAGCCCCGCGGAGCUGUGGCACAAGAGCGGGCGCUGGGAGCGGAUGGGCCCGGAGCUGUUCCGGCUCUGGGACCGGCACCGCAAGAGCUACUGCCUGGGCCCCACACACGAGGAGGUGGUGACGGAGCUGGUGGCCGCUCAGAGCAACCUGACCCACAAGCAGCUCCCGCUGCGGCUCUACCAGGUGAGCAGGAAGUUCCGGGACGAGCCCAAGCCGAGGUUCGGCUUGCUGCGGAGCCGGGAGUUCUACAUGAAGGACAUGUACACCUUCGACGCCUCCGAGGAGGCGGCUCGGAGCACCUACAGCGAGGUCUGCGGUGCCUACGGCCGCCUCCUCGACCGCCUGCGCCUGCCCUUCGUCAAAGUGCAGGCGGCCACGGGCAACAUCGGCGGCUCCAUGUCCCACGAGUUCCAGCUGCCGGCGGACAUCGGCGAGGACAGGCUGGUGCUGUGCCCCGAAGGACACUUUGCGGCCAACGUGGAGACGUUAAACGGGGAGCAGACGUCUUGCCCCACGUGCGGGGGGAAGCUCACCCAGACCAGAGGGAUCGAAGUGGGGCACACGUUUUACCUGGGCACCAAGUACUCGUCGGUCUCCAAUGCUGUCUUCUACUCGGCAGAGAACAAGCCCCUGCUGGCAGAAAUGGGUUGCUACGGUCUGGGCAUCACUCGCAUCCUGGCGGCCUCCAUCGAGGUGCUGUCCACGGAGGACAGCAUCCGAUGGCCGAGCCUCAUUGCUCCCUACCAGCUCUGCUUCAUCCCCCCCAAGAGGGGCAGCAGGGAGGAGGAGGAGGAGGGCACCGCGCUGCUGGAGCGGGUGUACGACGACGUGGCCGAAGCGCUGCCGCACCUUGCUGGGGACUCGGUGCUGGAUGACAGGACACAUCUGACCAUCGGCAAGAGGCUGAAGGAUGCCAACAAGCUGGGUUAUCCCUUCGUGGUCGUAGCAGGGAAGAGGGUUUGCGAGGACCCACCGGUCCUUGAGGUCUGGGAUCAGAACUCCGGGGAGGUGUUGUUCCUCAGCAGGGAAGGUGUCAUUGAGCUGCUGAGUAAAGUGCAAGUCCCUUAAAUCGCCAUCUCUCAAUGUCUCAGCGUUGCUGCAUGAGGUCUCUCUGAAUGGCUCUGGUUCCCUUGCAAGGACAUGCAGGUCGUCUGGCUCUGGGUGCAUGGAGCUGAAUCCAGCUCCCAUUGGAGCCAGCCACAGUGUCCUGCAACCAGGUUGAGCUGGGGUGAGCCCAUGUUCACCAAUGGGGCUGGGGACAUUUCCCUCUCUUGUCUACAGGCUCUUGAGCUGCUUUAACCAGCACGUGUGGCUGACGGGAGCACAGACAGGAGGGCUUCCUCCCUCUUUAGGCACCAAGUUCUCAGCACGAGGGGUUUUAAGAAGGAGAGGAAGGAAGGCACCUUUCCUCUGUGUCUUUGGAGACACACAGGUUCUAUGGAGGUGGACGUUAACCUUAAUUAAAGCAAAACAGUGAACUCCA